CAACAAACCCAAGUAGACCGGCCACUGCGUGCGGAUGAACGCUUACUCUGUUUCUCUCGACUUCGCCAAACCUUCUCUCUUCACACGCAUCGCUCUCUCUACUCAGACUCCUCUUGCCAUGGCAACCACCGUAAACAAAACAGUUCGCGUCGCAGCUGCUCAAAUGACAUCGGUCAAUGAUCUCAUGACCAAUUUCGCCACUUGCUCUCGUCUCGUUCAAGAAGCAGCAUUGGCUGGUGCAAAGCUGAUUUGUUUCCCUGAGAACUUCUCCUUUGUGGGAGAUAAAGAAGGAGAGAGUGUGAAAAUUGCUGAACCAUUAGACGGGCCAGUGAUGCAACGGUAUUGCUCUCUCGCCAGGGAUUCAAAUAUAUGGUUGUCUCUUGGAGGCUUUCAAGAGAGAUUUGAUGAUACUCAUUUGUGUAAUACACAUGUUGUGAUCGAUGAUGCUGGAAUGAUCCGAGACACUUAUCAGAAAAUGCAUUUGUUUGAUGUUGAUGUUCCUGGUGGAAGCUCAUACAAGGAAAGCAGCUUUACAGUUCCAGGGACAAAGAUUGUUUCCGUAGACAGCCCUGUUGGGCGCUUAGGCCUUACUGUAUGCUACGAUUUGAGGUUUCCUAAGAUAUAUCAGCAACUGAGAUUUGAACAGAAAGCUCAGGUUUUACUGGUACCGUCAGCUUUCACCAAGGUCACUGGGGAGGCUCACUGGGAGAUUCUUCUUCGAGCCCGAGCAAUUGAAACGCAAUGUUAUGUCAUAGCUGCUGCUCAAGCUGGAAAGCAUAAUGAGAAAAGAGAAAGUUAUGGUGACACACUGAUCAUUGAUCCGUGGGGAACUGUGGUCGGAAGGUUACCCGAUCGUGUUUCGACUGGCAUUGUCGUGGCAGAGAUUGAUUUUUCACUGAUUGACUCGGUGAGAACAAAAAUGCCAAUAGAUAAGCAACGGGUCUCGCUAGAUCUCUGAUGAACCCAUUGGUGUUGUGAUUUUUGGAGUCGUAAUUUUCUUGUGUAAAUUGUAAAUGAAUUCAUUUGAAACAA